AUGAAAAUUGCCCAUUCAUGUUCACUAGUUGUUCAGAUGACAGAUGACCGGCCUAGUCCUGACAUACGACGCUGGAACCAAGGACGGACACCGUGCUCUCCGUCAGUCGAACCCGCCAGCAGCAAAAAAAAAAAAAAAAAAAAAAAAAAAAAAAAAAAAAAAAGGCAAAUGAAUUAG